AUGGGCUCCACUGCGGUUGAAUUCAAGAACUCGGCUACUGCCACUCUCCUCGAGUUGGUCAAGAGCCGUCGCACAUACUACGGACUCAAGGCCGAGAGUCCUAUCUCCGAUGAUACCAUCGAGCAGAUUGUCCAGGACUCAGUCCUCCACGUUCCCAGCUCUUUCAACACACAGACAUCUCGCGUUGUUCUGCUCUUGAAGGAGGAGCACCAGAAGGUGUGGGAUAUUGCCAUUAACGCCAUGGAGGGUCUCGUUGCUGCUGGUGUCCUUCCUAAGGAGGCCUUCGAGAACUCCACAAAGCCUAAGCUCAACGCUUUCCGUGCUGCCUACGGAACUGUUCUGUUCUUCGUUGAUUACGAAUCCCUCGCCGAUAUCAAGGAGAAGUUUGCUAUCUAUGCCGACAAAUUCAACCCCUUCGCCCUCGAGUCUAAUGCUAUGUCUCAGUACCUUGUCUGGCUUGCUCUCGAGUCCGAAGGCUUCGGUGCCAACCUUCAACACUACAGUCCUCUGAUCGACGAGGCGAUUGCUAAGACUUGGGAUCUUCCUAGCUCUUGGAAGUUAGAUGCUCAACUGGUCUUUGGUACUCCUACUUCCGAGCCUGGCGAGAAGACCUUUGAGCCUCUUGAGAACCGAUUCAAGGUUUUCGGCAAAUAA